CACAACAUGUUAGUUCCGUCCUUUGUGGAGGCGGCGCACAAAUUGACGAAGGCCUCUGCAAUGGAUUCUGCGGAAUUUAGCGCAAAGAUCGGUGGUCUAGGGGGUUGUCCGUAUUUCCUUUCGAGAGCGGCCCUUUGCGACGCCGACAUUGUAGUACUUCUAUGACCACAAGAUGAUGAAUUUCUCAAGGCUCAGCGAGUUCCUUUGUUUAAAUAGAGAAAGAAUAUUAAGCCUCUGGUCUUCCUCGGACUCGGUUCAUGAACACUAUUCGAAGACUAAGAAAAUGCUUUUUGUGCUUCUAUACGCCGGUAUCUAUCUGCCAUUAGAUUCUCUGGGCAUAGUGCGCGUUGAUCAUUCAUCUCUGUGAUAAUCUGUGGCUUGUAGGUACUGAAAGGAAGUUACUUGUAAUUGCUACGUGGUUCGAGUGAAUGAAUGAAUGAAAGGAAUCUGUUGUAAAUUAGGCUCUUCUAAUGCCUCCUUAUCCUUACUUGUUGGACCCGUUUGUUCGGGCAGCAACUUUUUUGACGAAACCUAGUGCAGACAUCGACCAUCAAAGAGGUAGUGAGCAGAACUACGGCGAUGAUGAAUUGAGGCUCCUGGAAAAUCAGGACGACCACGAAGGAAGACAAAGAGCCUCGUCCAAUGAGGAUAGCAAGAAUUCCUCUUCUAGUAUUAAGGCCUCACUUAAUCCAUCUUUGGGCUCAUCUGUGGGCUGUUCGAAAGUAAAAAUGUUGACACAUCAGAUGAGGCAAUAGAUGGAUUGUAGUGAGCUCUAAUUAUAGUAGUACAACUAGUACAAGUAGAAGGGCGUCGUAUCUGAAGAGUAUUAACCGGUGGUCGAAGGAUGGUGCGGCUGACGAGUUUCUGAAGGACAAGAUUCUCAUCUUGGAUGAAGCGCACAACAUCGAUGGUUUCUGCAGGGAAGUGUGUAGUUUCGAUGUAAGCAUUGCCCGAUUGGUAGCGUAUGAGGAGAGUUUGCGAGCCUUUUUGCAGGUCCACGUCAAGGUCGGUAAGGGCGCCACGGCGAUUCGGGGUGCCCGACUUAUGAUGGAGGUUUGAGAGAUGUGUAGUCAAGAAGAUGACUUUACGUUUGAGAUGCAUGUGGCAAGGACAAGAUGUUGACGCACCAAGUUUAUCUGAUUCUAUCAAGGAAGUUCUUGAUUAGACUUAUACCGCGAUAUCAUACGACCUAUCCAUUUAUCUUAUAGAGAUCUACUUCCACGAACUACUUCUUUGUUGACCAUUCUACUACUUGUUGACCAUUCUACUUCUUUCGUGCGUAAGUUCUUAUCGUCUCAGGGGGGACCACGAACCUUUCUAAUUAGAGGAUAGAGGACUUGCGUUUGCAUCCGGAGCGAGUGCAAGAAAUUCUGCGUCAAGGCGACGACGGAAAUUUCUUCGGUGCUCUCAUUACGGCGGAUGAUAGUCAUAGAAGUUCAUCUUCUUCACAGAAAACUUUCUCUUCACAGAGUGGGUUUCGCUUACCUUCUUGGAUUCUGAGAUGAUCAUGAAGGUGGUAGCUGUAGCUCACUGAUCAUGCUGUGUACUACUUAAAUUCAUGAUCGAGACUGUCAUGAAUUAUUGCGCGCUCUGACAGUCUUGUCUCCCUGAAGUACAGCUUACCCAGAAGUUUGUUGCGGAAAUUGUGCGUCUCUUCUUCUAAUGUUACUUACAUGCGUGCUGUUUUGCUACGGUUGGCCUGGUGCAUAGAGGAAUGGUGCGUUCGCGCGGAUGAGUACCGAAGUCAGCAGGUGUCCCUGACCAGACGUGGUUUAAGGCUUACCGUAAUUCUUUGAAAGAGCAUCCCAGCAGUGCUUCUUUGAAAAAUUUGCAGAGGGGGCUUACCUUAAUUCUUUGAAAGAGCAUCCCAACAGUGCUUUCUUACGGAGCAUCUUUUCACUUAAGGGGAGAACGUGCCAAAGAUGGGCUUCAAGAUGAAGAAUUAUGUUCAGCUCUAAGUGGUGCAGCUUUCAGCGCGGGUCUCAGCACCGGUGCUGGAAACGAUAGAAGAGAGCUGAGGACAUGGGCAAAGUACAAAACUACAGGCGUGAAGAAAAAUCUCCGUAAAGAUGUCACUAGCAUUGAAGACAGAGCCGCAGAGUCCAGUACAGUCUCUACUUCGGAGUCUACUUCUUCUGGAUCGCGCCAAGAUCCUGAGGCGCCUGCUGCAUUUGCAGAGGAGUUGGCGCGUGCUCUCUAUGGAGGGGAGGCGAAAUUUCUGGAGGAAUUUUUCUCAGAGCGGCUCAGGAGGGACAUUCUAGCUAUGUGAAUGUUGUUUCUUACAUCUUCUAUCAUAUCAGACCAUCUAUAACAAGUUAUACGUUGUUAUUUUUAAGGGACAACAUUUUAGUUUUACGUUUUUAUCAUUUAGCAGGAUCCUCUUCAAGUUAUACGUUGUUGAGGGGGUCGUGAUGGUCUGGCUAGAUUGAAAUACUACAUUCAUACUAGCGGACAAAUCGCGUGUGAUGACGCGGACCGGAACCGCGGCGCAGCAAAAGAUGGAUAUUGGCGACAGACGAACACGUGCUGAAUUGAGUUUAAGUGCUGGAAUUGUGUGAUUUUUAGGUUGCAGGAGUAGAACGAAGCACCCGCCGCUUGUGAGAGGAUAAGCAAGCCCUUAAAGAAAAAGUUUGUGUUCAUCUGCAGAUUGACGGAUGGGGCUGGGAUAAGCAAGUCCAUGCCCCAUAAAGUUUAAAUUUUGAUGUUAGAAGAUUUCAAGUCCUGAGUUUGCUAACAUCAGGUAAGUAGACCUGUUUAGGCUAGUACGCGAAGGAGGACGUCCUGAGUUGCUAACAUCAAGUAAGUGCAGAAACAGACCUUUUUAUGCAAGGAACGUCAAAGUCCAUAAGGCAAGGAGCGUCAAAGUCCAUAAGGCAAGGAGCGUCAAAGUCCAUACGUUCACCUUUAAGAAUCGAUGCAGUAGCGGAGAUUUCGGCAGCAGCUUCAGCAGUAAGCGAAAUGCAGGAUUUGUUCCGGAAAAUGGCGUUUGUAAUAGCAAAUCUUGACGAUUUCGCUAUCGGCCUCUCAGCAAAGCGAAGUGCUUCUGCUGUAGGUAGUUGGACCGCAACUGACCUACAUUUAAGGCAUAUACUAAAAAUGUUCAGUGACGUAAGUAAUAACCCUCGAAAUAAUGUAACCCUAAUAUUAGAGCCCCUGUAGUCCCUUUGUUGUUGUAUGCCUUCAUAAUGUUCGUAUUGUCCCUGCACCCCUUGUUGUAUAGGGUUGGUUAAUACCUUAACCUUUACUUGUCUGUAAUCCCACUGCAACACUAAUAAAAUAUGUGACCCUAUGACCCUAGUAUCACUCCUGCACCCCUUAAGAAUAUUGUACGCUUCUAAUAUCCCUCGAUUUCCAUUUAUUGAACGCCAGCAAAGUACUAGACGACGUGAUGGAGCCAGCGCAUAGUGUUAUCGUGAGUAGCGGAACUCUGUGUGCGGAAUUAGGCGAAGAAUUUUACAAGCGCGAAGUGAAUGGCCGAUUCGAUGGGUUACAUCAAGAAAAACUGAAUAGCUCCUGCAUCGAGGAUGAGGAUAGGCAUGAAGAUAGUGGAGAUACUUGUCCCAUCCUCGAUUGCAGUGAUUUCAGCAAUAGCACAUCAGCGAGCACAACAUCCUCUUCGUGGGCGGGACAUCAACAAGGCUCCCCUAAACAGAGCAGGUCAUCAUCAGCAGUCCUUUCGCCACUGCGGAGCGCGCAUGUGAUUAAGAGUUCCCAACUACUGGUGCAGAAGAUUGAACGACUGAAGUCCGGCCAACGUUUCUCUACCGAUUUCGGGACACUUCGAUCAGCAGGAGCUGGAGAAUGGAGUUUAUGAAAUCUUCUUGAAGAUGAAUGUUAAAUUUGCUUCAAGUAGUCUUGUCGAUGGUUGUAGAGAAUGACCAUUUGAGACAGGAUGAUGAUGAGGCACUUUUUUCAACCAUCAUGUGGCGUUUCUAGGAUGUUCGAUCGUUACAAACAUAAGAAAACUAAACACACAGUCUGAUCUUAGUAGAAGCUUAAGAUCUUUUUGUAGUUAUACAAAAAAAAAAAACAACUAAAGAUGUAGUUCGACGCACCAGCAGCAGCGGUCUUGUCGAUGGUUGUAGAGAAUGAUGAUGAUGGUUGAAAAAGGUACCUCAUCAUCGUCCUUGUCGAAGUUUGAGACACCAUGAUGAUGAGGCACCUUUUUCAACCACGGACAUCCGAAGAUGAACUCAGAAGAGACGCAGGGAAGUCGUGGGCCCAAUCCGAAUCAACCAACAUCCUCAUGAGACGCGCCCUUUUACUCUUUCUUUCUAGUUCUCGAGAAUGAAGUGCAAGGUAGAAGGCAUCGCUUGAAAAUUCAAGCAUGGCCCAGAUACUAGAUGAUGAUGGACAGCAGAGUACACCUAUUCGUUGCAGAAACAGAAAGUGCCUAGAGUCGUAAAAACUGUAACUUUUGACCUCUUGUCCCAAAUCUAACACGAACUCGCUCAUUUCCGUACGGUGCUGGCGCUAGUGGUUGGAAUCAAGGGAUGCUAGAAGACCUUGGAGAGACGCUCGUCGACCUAGCCUCAGUAAUACCUGGAGGCAUGUUGGUUUUCUUCCCUAACUACGCAAUGCUAAAGGAAUGCUUCAGAUGCUGGAAGAAACCGUCGUCGGUUAUGAAGUUGGAUGAAGACUAUUUAUAGAAUCACAAGUUCCAGUUGUCUCACGACGUUAUGUCUAAGACUUUACUUGAUAAACUGAUACAACAAGCAACGAACUGGUAAAAGUUCGACCAAAUCGCCUGUUCUUGUACUUCCGCGACGUAUUCCGAAGUGACUCGUUAGAAGAACUAAUACUAUCGCUCCGAAGAAGGAAUUAUAUAUCGACAGUAUCUCUAAUCUUUCUAGAGAAACUUGGCAUCGAGAGGGACGCAGUACCAAUACCAAAAAGACCACAGAAUUGCCAUCCGUGUACGAGCGACUGGUGCGAUUGAAGAUUUUUGUAGCGAAGGAAGCGGAGAGCACUGAUGUGGACAAAUUGCGAGACCAGCAUAAUGCCGCAGUAGAUGAACACGGACACGCACUGCUUUUUUAUGACAAGAACUCAGCAGAUAUUGUAGGGAUUUGUUUGGAGUGGGCGACUUUUGUUCAUGAUCAUUCAUCAUUGUACCACAGUCGUAAUGGAUUAUUUUAAGUAGAUUAUAGAGUCAAGCUAUCCAUUCAAGACAUAACCAUUGCGUGGGUAUAUCUACUUUUAAACGACCAUCACUCUUCUAGUCCUUUCAUCACUACCAGGCGUGCUGGUGAGUGAAAUCGUCAUCCAUAAAACUGACCGUCUAAGUUCGUGGAGUUAUGCGUGGCAAGUGUGCUGAGGGAAUCAGCUAUGACGAUGCCUACGCAAGGGGUGUUGUUUUAGUAGGGAUUCCCUAUUCGACGGUGAACGCAGCCUCGGUAUAUCACAAGCGCGAACACAACAGAGCGAUGGCGAUACAGAAGCAGCGAAGUAGCUGUGGUGGUUAUGACGAGACGGAUCGAAGCCAUGUGCUUUAGUUUUUUCCCUUUGCGUUUUUCACUCAUGUCUAGGUACUCCGACGACAAGAAAAAUGCAAAUAUUUGCAGUGCACACGACUUCCUGUCGAUGAAACUUUUUCCUUCAUAGUACCAUUAGCAGAGUUGACCAGCAAGACGACUGGUACGCAACACAGGCAUUUACAGCGGUAAAUCAGAGUCUAGGACGAUGCAUCAGACAUUCCGAGGAUUACGGUGCGAUUUUUCUUUUAGAUGCGCGAUGGAGCUAUGCAGGCCAUGAGGAGAAGCUUUCAAAAUGGGUUCAGGACUUAGUUAUGCUCAGUAUUUAGUGCCCAUCUUUCUCCGCAUCUUGGUACCCUUUCCCCAUAAAGUAGACAAGGGAAAUGAGGUGGCCGUCGAGAUAAAAAGGGGAUCCAUCGAGAUGAAUAAAUGCUCACUCUAAGUUAGGCGUCGUGCGCCCACCGGCGUUUCGGUGGCCGAGAAUGCUGCAGGGGGUGACGGAUUUCUACAAAAGAAAUGGAGAACGAGGGACAAAAGAGAACAGGGAUAAAAUAAGAGAAGCGUAGGUUAUUUACUGGAGAACAAGUGUAAGUGGAACUGUAAUUGGAAGUGAAUAGCUUUGUCAGGUAUAUACAAGUAUAUUGACCUCUUUUUUUUAGUUAGGUCUGCUCCACCACAAAGUAUAUACAUAGGACUUACUCAUGAAAAGUCGUGGAGAAGAGGAAGAUGGAAGUUGUGAUGUGCAUAGCUGUAUACCCUAUAGUGACGGUCGCAGAAAUUGUUUCGUCUUGCCGAUGAUCAAGCACGGCCAUUUGAGACGCAUUGCCUGACUAGUGGCGGUAAGUACUUAGGAACAUGGAAGUUCUUUCUUCAUCUUUGUCAUCAUCAGUUGGGGUGGGUGUACUGCCAGUGUCUAUGUGUGAUUUUAAGACGAGUACAGAGUAGUGUAGAUCGAUGUAGUAAAAAGUGGGUGUUUGCUCCUACAUUUCAAGUAUCUGUAGUUAUGUUAGUUGUUGUUGUUAGCACAAUAUUAUAAGCCCAAUAAAUCUUAAAGUUGUAGGUUCACUUGUAUCUAUUCAUUGGUAGAUUUAUUUUCAGCGUUGCGCUUGUCAUCUCCUCUUCUGCGGGUGCGAAGCAUCGUAUAGUCUAGGGGCUGGCAUGCUAACCAGUGGUAGACUCCAUGAUGAUGAUGAUGAUGAGCAAAUCAAUGUUAUUUCCAAUCAACACUAAGAAUGAAUAGAAUCUAUUCUUAGAAUAGACUCCAUGUUGUUUCCGAGAAAGUAGCUCCUUUCUGACGCAUAAAUGUGCAGCUGCCAAAAUGCAAAACCAACGAUAUAAUUUUUGCGAAACAUUUUUACAAAUUUAAGCAAGCAAGUGAAAGAUUAGAAGACUUCAAUUUCCGUGUCCGACUGUGAAUCUGAGUGUAAAAAUUAGGACAGGAUUCAAUCAGGCGGCAUCUUCAACAUCCUUGGUCCAAUUUUGAUCUCAUCCUUGU